AUGGAUGUCAUGACACAAGCAGGCAAAGCCCUGGAGCACAUGAUCUGCUGCCGUGGCUGCGGCGUGCCACUGCAAACCCAUGACCCCAACAACGUGGGAUUCAUCCGCUUUGCCAAGUACCUGGAGAUGAGAGCCCAACAGCUCCAUCGCAAAGUCCUGUGCUCGCGGUGUACGGAGCUAGAACAAGGCAGAUUGGUGCCUGUGGUCAAGGAGACCUUGGCCGCCGGCGAAGUGGGCUUUGGCGGCCAGGUGGUGCCCUCUGAAGUCUUGGCAAAGCAACUGGCCACCAUUCGGCAGCGGCGCUGUUUGGCGGUGUAUGUGGUGGAUGUGCUGGAUUUCAAUGGCUCAUUCAUUCGUCGAAUCCGAGAAAUCAUUGGCCGAAAUCCGGUGAUCAUCGUGGGCACCAAAAUCGACCUGCUCCCGCCCAAGACGGACAUGGAGCUGGUGAAGAAUUGGUUGCUCUACAUUCUGAGAAAGAAGAAGCUGAGAGUCCUAGAGGUGAAAUUGGUGAGCAACGAAACCAGCAAGGGCAUCAAUCACGCCGUGAAUUCUAUCAUUGAGCAUCGCUCUGGGAUGGAUGUGUUCGUGGUGGGCGCGGCCAACGCAGGGAAGUCCGCCUUCAUCCAGCGGCUCCUGGACCGUUUAGAGGUGAAAUUCCCGCAGGGCAAAGUGGAGCAAUGCAACCGGCCCCUGGUGUCGCGCACCCCGGGCACUACCUUGGGACUGAUGCAGCUGCGCGCCUUCCGGCGCUCGGCCACGUCCCCGGUCUUCGCCAGUCUCUAUGACACCCCAGGAGUUCAUCAACCAAACAGCCUGCAGAAUUUGUUGGACGUCAAUGCCUACAACUAUGUGCAGCCUACCAGGCACUUUGCGGUACACACCGUGACGCCUGCCAAGGAUGUCUUGGCGCAACUGAAGGCGAGCGACGAGGCGGUGUCCCAGGAAACCCUGCAGCGAUGGCUGGGUCGCUCUGUCCGCUACUUGUGGGGCUUCCCCGGGCAGCCACCAGUGCUAGCCGUGGAGGUCUAUCCUCCAAUCAGCGCCAUGAUGAAACUCUCCUUCGUGGGAGUCCACAACUUGGCGAUCACCUGCGAGGCCAACGUGUCGGGCUCCUCCGAGGACGGCAAGGGAUAUCCCGCGGCGCCCGACGGGAUGGACCUGGCACAGAUCUGUUAUGUGAAGACUCCCGAUGCCCUAAGUCUAGAAGGUGACGUUGCCUGCGAUCUUUCCUUGACAGGCUUUGGCUGGGUGGCCGUGUCCUUCUGCGCGCUGACCAGUGCGGCCAAGGGUCGCCCCAUGGAGAGGUCCAAGGUUCGCCCUGUCGCCAAGGCAUCUACGGUCCCAAGAGAUUAA